CCCGACGCCGCUAGCGACAGGAGCGUCCCCAGAGGGACGCUGCACUUGGGGAUUCCGGCGCUACUGGCCCGAAGAGGAGAGGAAACAUUCAAACUGGAAUUUUAAAUCAUUAGUAAGUCAGUGAUGGAUCAGAAUUUGCAGAAUGCAAUCCUGAGUAAAACUCUCCAAAAGAAUUACUUCAAAUAAUAGAGGAAAGAAAGUUGAACUGCCACCUUAAAACCCUGGUCUAGAAAAACAUUGCAGACAUCAGAAAGUAAUAACUGGGGAAAUUUAUUUGGCUCUUAAUGAAUCUGAAUCAAAAAAAUUGUCACACUGUUUCUCAGAGGACUUCUGUAUCUGAGAAAUAAUAUUUUAAUAAUAAGUUCUUUUAUAAAAAUCUUGACAUGAUCACCAGAGAGGAGAAACAGUAAUAGCUAAAACCUGUGUAUGUGUGAAGAUGACAUCAGAAGAAAUGGCAGCUUCUGUUCUCACACCUGUAACUCAGAGAAAAGUGACGUCCGCUCCAUCGGCUAUAGAUGAAAGUAGUGAAAAGGUCUCAGACAUCAGUGUUCUGAAGGCACAUAGCAUCAGGCAGAGUGGGCAGACUUCUACCACUGCACAGAUGAACAAGCUUAAAGAAGAACCUUCUGGAAGCAACUUGCCCAAGAUUCUCUCAAUAGCAAGGGAGAAAAUAGUGAGCGAUGAGAACAGCAAUGAAGAGUGCUGGACAGAAAGCACACCAGUUUCUGUGGAAAACCUUAACAUUAACCAAAACGACGUACUGACAAAGAGCCAGUGUUAUGACACGUGUGAUUCUGUCAUGGAGGAAGACCCAUAUUUGGAAACUGGAAUCCCAUCCUCACUGGAAAGAAAGGUGUUCCCUGGAAUUCAACUGGAAAUUGAUGGACCUCCCAUGGACAUUAGUCCCUUAGGAAGUCAGUCGGCCGUCAUAGAGACUGGCCAGGCACACCCUGAUGGCAACACAGCAGCAUUUCACUUUCACUAUGAAGUUGACAGAAGAGUGUCAGAUACUUUCUGUACCCUGUCAGGCAACUUGAUUUUAGAUAAUUGUGGAAACUGUGUACCACUGCCUGAUGUUGGUGGGGAGCAAAAGAAAAAUUAUGCGGCAUAUACUUGUAAACUUAUGGAAUUGGCUGAAAACUGUGAUAAUAAGAAUGGGCAGCUGCAAUGUGAUCAUUGUGACACCUUGGAUGACAAUUACUUAUGCUUUGAAGGUUCUUGCCGAAGGGCCAGUGUGCUAUGUUCAAGUGACAGCCUUUGCAGGGAGGACUUGACUAACAGUCCCCCUGCCAAGACUUUUCUGAGCCAUUUUGAGGACUUCCCUGAUAACUGUGAAGAUGUAGAAGAAGAUUUUUUUAAGAGCAAAAAGGAGAGGUCCACUUUGUUAGUGAGGAGAUUUUGUAAAAAUGACAGGGAAAUAAAGAAAUCUGUGUAUACCGGGACAAGGGCAAUCGUGAGGACUCUGCCUUCUGGUCACAUUGGGCUGGAAGCUUACAGUUACAUCGAUCAGAAGAGAAGUGGUCUUUUAUUGACCUGUGGGAGAGUUCUGGAACAGCUGUCAGUGGUGGCGAUUAGGCAGGAUGGAAGCCAGUGCCUAUCAGAAGCCCAGUGGUAUCGGAUCUACAAUGCAGUGAGAAGCGGAGAAGAAAUAGAAAAUACAAUUGAAUCUCUUCUCCAUGUCUUCACAAAUCUCCCGGCCUCCGAGGCAGCCCAUGAAAGGAUUAGCAUUGGUCCAUGCUUAAAACAGUGUGUCCAAGACACCAUAUGUGAGUACCGGGCCACCCUCCAGAGAACGUCCAUAUCUCAGUACAUCACGGGCUCUCUCCUAGAAGCAACCACAUCUUUGGGAGCAAGAAGUGGCCUACUCAGUACUUUUGGAGGAUCCACUGGACGAAUGAUGCUAAAAGAACGCCAGCCAGGCACCUCCAUGGCCAAUUCCAGUGCCCUCCCUUCAAGUUCAGCUGGGAUCAGCAAGGAACUGAUUGACCUCCAGCCCCUCAUUCAGUUCCCAGAGGAAGUCGCCAGCAUCCUGAUGGAGCAGGAACAGAACAUUUACCGAAGGGUCUUGCCAGUUGACUACCUUUGCUUCUUGACCCGGGACUUAGGCACUCCGGAAUGCCAGACAUCCCUGCCCUGCCUCAAAGCAUCCAUCUCAGCUUCGAUUCUUACCUCCCAGAAUGGAGAGCACAAUGCCCUGGAAGAUCUGGUGAUGAGAUUUAAUGAGGUGAGCUCUUGGGUGACGUGGCUGAUCCUCACGGCGGGCUCCAUGGAGGAGAAGCGAGAAGUCUUCUCCUAUUUGGUGCAUGUGGCCAAAUGCUGCUGGAACAUGGGCAACUACAAUGCUGUCAUGGAGUUCUUGGCUGGCCUCAGGUCAAGGAAAGUAUUAAAAAUGUGGCAGUUUAUGGACCAGUCUGACCUGGAGACCAUGAGGAGCCUGAAGGACGCCAUGGCUCAGCACGAAUCUUCCUGCGAGUACAGGAAGGUGGUCACACGGGCCCUGCACAUACCCGGCUGUAAGGUUGUUCCGUUCUGUGGGGUGUUUCUGAAGGAGCUCUGUGAAGUACUGGACGGAGCCUCUGGCCUCAUGAAGCUUUGCCCGAGGUACAAUUCCCAAGAAGAAACUCUAGAGUUUGUAGCCGAUUACAGCGGACAAGAUAAUUUCUUACAACGAGUGGGACAUAAUGGCUUAAAGAAUUCAGAGAAGGAGUCCACUGUCAACAGCAUCUUUCAGACCAUCAGAAGCUGCAGCCGAAGUCUGGAGGCAGAGGAUGAAGACAGCCCCAGCGAAGGCAACAGCUCUAGGAAAAAUUCCUUGAAGGAUAAAGCACGGUGGCAGUUUAUAAUUGGAGAUCUGUUGGAUUCUGAAAAUGACAUCUUUGAGCAGUCGAAAGAAUGGGACUCUCAUGGAUCAGAAGAGCCACAGAAGGCCUUUGACCAUGGCACGGAGCUGAUCCCAUGGUACGUGCUGUCCAUCCGAGCUGAUGUGCACCAGUUCCUACUGCAGGGGGCCACUGUCAUCCACUAUGACCAGGACACGCACCUGUCCGCCCGCUGCUUCCUUCAGCUUCAGCCUGACAACAGCACCUUGACCUGGAUAAAGCCCACCACUGCCUCCCCAGCCAGUGCUAAAGCAAAACUUGGUGUGCUUAGUAACACAUCUGAGCCUGGCAAAUUCCCCUUACUGGGCAAUGCUGGAUUAAGUGGCCUGGCGGAGGGGGUCUUGGAUCUGUUUUCAGCAAAGGCUGUGUACAUGGGACACCCUAGCAUCGAUAUACACACUGUGUGUGUUCAGAACAAACUGGGUAGCAUGUUUCUCUCCGAGACUGGUGUGACACUGCUCUAUGGGCUCCAGACCACAGACAACAGAUUAUUGCACUUUGUGGCGCCCAAGCACACAGCUAAGAUGCUCUUCAGCGGAUUGCUAGAACUCACGAGGGCCGUGAGGAAGAUGAGGAAGUUCCCGGACCAGAGACAGCAGUGGCUGCGGAAACAGUACGUCAGCCUCUAUCAGAAUGUGGCUCUUUUACAGGAGGACGGACGGUAUGAAGGCCCAACUUUGGCUCACGCUGUGGAGCUGUUCGGUGGCCGGCGAUGGAGUACACGCAACCCCAGCCCUGGGACAUCUGCGAAGAGUGCUGAGAAGCCCAGUGUGCAGAGGAACAACACACUGGGCAUAAGCACCACCAAGAAAAAGAAGAAAAUCCUUAUACGGGGUGAGAGUGGAGAGGCAGCUGACGACGAGAUGGCCACGCGGAAGGCCAAAAUGCAGAGGGAGAGUCGCAGUCGGAGUGGUUCAGACCCUCAAGACGUGAAUGAGCAAGAAGAAUCCGAGGCAAAUGCCGUCAUGAGCCCUCCUAACACUCUGCCUUCCAGAAGAGCCCACUCCUUGACCACGGCUGGGUCCCCCAACUUGUCUGCUGGAAUAUCAUCUCCCAUCAGGCCAGUGUCUUCCCCUGUGCUGUCUUCUUCAAACAAGAGCCUGUCCAGUGCUUGGAGCAGCAGCAGCUGGCACGGGAGGAUCAAAGGAGGAAUGAAGGGUUUUCAGAGCUUCAUGGUUUCCGACAGUAACAUGAGCUUCGUUGAAUUUGUUGAGCUGUUCAAAUCAUUCAGCGUGAGGAGCCGCAAGGACCUAAAGGAUCUCUUUGACAUCUACGCCGUGCCCUGCAGCCGAGCCGGCUCCGAGUCAGCCCCUCUCUACACCAACCUAACCAUCGACGAAAACACCAGUGAUCUUCAGCCUGACCUAGAUUUACUGACCAGAAAUGUCUCGGACUUGGGGUUGUUCAUUAAGAGUAAACAGCAGCUGUCAGACAACCAGAGGCAGAUAUCUGAUGCCAUUGCUGCUGCGAGUAUCGUGACUAAUGGCACUGGGGUCGAGAGCACGUCUCUGGGCAUCUUUGGGGUCGGCAUACUCCAGCUCAAUGACUUCCUUGUCAACUGCCAGGGAGAGCACUGCACUUACGAUGAAAUCCUCAGUAUCAUUCAGAAGUUCGAGCCUAGCGUUAGUAUGUGUCAUCAGGGCCUACUGUCAUUUGAGGGAUUUGCAAGGUUUCUGAUGGAUAAAGAUAAUUUUGCCUCCAAAAAUGACGAGUCACAGGAAGACAUUAAAGACUUGCAGCUGCCCCUGUCCUACUAUUACAUUGAAUCUUCACACAAUACCUACCUCACAGGCCACCAGCUCAAAGGAGAGUCCUCAGUGGAACUCUACAGUCAGGUCCUCCUACAAGGCUGCAGGAGUGUAGAGUUGGACUGCUGGGAUGGAGAUGAUGGGAUGCCCAUCAUCUACCACGGGCACACGCUGACAACCAAGAUCCCCUUCAAGGAGGUGGUUGAAGCCAUUGACCGCAGUGCCUUCAUCAACUCUGACCUGCCCAUCAUCAUAUCAAUUGAGAACCACUGCUCAUUGCCUCAGCAACGAAAAAUGGCAGAAAUUUUCAAGACUGUGUUUGGAGAAAAACUGGUGGCAAAAUUCCUGUUUGAGAGCGAUUUCUCAGAUGAUCCAAUGCUUCCCUCACCUGACCAACUUAGGAGGAAAGUACUUCUUAAAAAUAAGAAGCUAAAAGCUCACCAGACGCCAGUGGAUAUCUUAAAGCAAAAGGCUCAUCAGUUAGCAUCCAUGCAAGCUCAGGCUUAUAAUGGGGGGAAUGCCAACCCCCCACCUGCUAAUAACGAGGAAGAGGAGGAUGAAGAGGAUGAAUAUGAUUAUGACUAUGAAUCUCUGUCUGAUGACAACAUUCUAGAAGACAGACCUGAAAAUAAAUCAUGUAAUGACAAGCUUCAGUUUGAGUAUAAUGAAGAAAUCCCCAAGAGGAUAAAGAAAGCAGAUAACUCUGCCUGCAACAAAGGAAAGGUUUAUGACAUGGAAUUGGGAGAAGAAUUUUAUCUUCCUCAGAAUAAAAAGGAAAGCAGACAGAUUGCACCAGAGCUUUCUGACCUUGUCAUCUAUUGCCAAGCUGUAAAAUUUCCAGGCCUGUCAACUCUAAAUGCAUCUGGCUCUAGCAGAGGAAAAGAAAGGAAAAGCAGGAAGUCCAUUUUUGGCAACAAUCCGGGCAGAAUGAGCCCUGGGGAGACAGCAUCGUUUAACAAAGCAUCUGGAAAAAGUUCCUGUGAAGGAAUGCGGCAGGCCUGGGAGGAAUCUUCUUCCCCCCUGAACCCAACCACAUCCCUCAGCGCUAUCAUUAGAACUCCCAAAUGUUACCAUAUCUCAUCGCUGAAUGAAAAUGCCGCCAAACGUCUGUGUCGCAGGUAUUCUCAGAAACUGAUCCAGCACACCGCCUGUCAGCUGCUGAGGACUUACCCGGCUGCCACCCGCAUCGACUCCUCCAACCCCAAUCCCCUCAUGUUCUGGCUCCAUGGGAUUCAGCUCGUGGCGCUCAACUACCAGACAGAUGAUCUCCCCUUACAUUUAAAUGCUGCCAUGUUUGAGGCCAACGGUGGCUGUGGCUAUGUUCUGAAACCCCCAGUUCUGUGGGACAAGAACUGUCCCAUGUAUCAAAAGUUUUCACCUUUGGAAAGAGACCUGGACAACAUGGAGCCUGCCGUCUAUUCCUUAACUAUCGUCUCUGGUCAAAACGUGUGUCCAAACAGCAGCACGGGGAGCCCGUGCAUCGAAGUCGACGUCCUGGGCAUGCCCCUGGACAGCUGCCACUUCCGCACAAAGCCCAUCCACCGGAACACUCUGAACCCCAUGUGGAACGAACAGUUUCUCUUCCGAGUUCACUUUGAAGACCUCAUAUUUCUUCGUUUUGCGGUUGUGGAAAACAACAGCUCGGCUGUAACCGCUCAGAGAAUCAUCCCACUCAAGGCUUUAAAACGAGGUUAUCGGCAUCUUCAGCUGCGAAACCUCCACAAUGAAGUCUUGGAAAUCUCUAGUUUAUUCAUAAACAGCAGAAGGAUGGAAGAAAACUCCUCCAGCAGUGCUGUGCCAGCCUCUUUGAUGUUUAAUACAGAAGAAAGAAAAUGUUUGCAGACUCACAAAGUCACAGUGCAUGGGGUCCCGGGUCCAGAGCCCUUUACUGUUUUCUCCAUAAAUGGUGGCACCAAGGCAAAGCAACUUCUCCAACAAAUUCUGACGACUGAGCAAGACACCAAACCUAUUGUCACAGACUAUUUUUUGAUGGAAGAAAAAUUUUUUAUAUCUAAGGAAAAGAAUGAAUGCAGGAAACAACCAUUCCAAAGAGUCAUUGGUCCAGAAGAAGAGAUCAUGCAGAUUUUAAGCAGCUGGUUUCCAGAGGAAGGCUAUGUUGGCAGGAUUGUCUUAAAAACCCAGCAGGAAAACCUAGAAGAGAGAAGCAUUAUUCAAGAUGACAAGGAGGUGAUCCUGAGCUCAGAGGAGGAGAGUUUCUUUGUCCAAGUGCAUGAUGUUUCUCCAGAGCAACCUCGAACGGUCAUCAAAGCGCCCCGUGUCAGCACCGCACAGGAUGUCAUUCAGCAGACCUUAUGCAAAGCCAAAUAUUCCUAUAGCAUCCUGAGCAACCCCAACCCGAGUGACUAUGUGCUUUUGGAAGAAGUGGUGAAAGAUGCUACCAAGAAGUCUUCUACCCCGAAGUCCUCCCAGAGGGUUCUUUUGGAUCAGGAAUGUGUGUUUCAAGCCCAGAGCAAGUGGAAAGGUGCAGGAAAAUUCAUCCUUAAGCUAAAGGAGCAGGUGCAGGCAUCCAGAGAAGACAAAAGAAAAGGCAUUUCUUUUGCAAGUGAAUUCAAGAAGUUCACCAAGUCAACUAAACAGCCCCGAGGACUCACAUCAUCUUCUCAGGUCUUGGCCUCAGAAAGUGUCCAAAGCAAGGAGGAGAAACCAGUGGGCAGCUUGCCCUCCAGUGAUGCCAUAGACUACCGACAAUAACCGAGGCUGGCAUGUUUUACCCAGGUGAAGAUCCUUUGGUAAGAAGUUGAAGUCUAGAGUGAACAUGGUGGAAACAAAUAUAAUUUCCUUUACCUUCAUCAGACUUAAACUGGAAACUGAUGAUUUCUGAAGACUUCUUCACACAUGAUGUAAGGUCCACGCUGAGGUCAAGCAAAAUGGCACCGGGCUACCUACCACCCAGUUUCCUGAUGAAUGCAGCCAAGAAGCCCAGGAGGUGGCCAUUUUAUAAAUGUCAGCAGUCGGAACACUGCUAAGCUUGCAGUAACGUACUUAGAACAAGGGUCAGCAAACUCUGUCCAUAAAGGGCCAGACCGUGAGGAUUUUAGGCUUUCUGGGUCCUUUGGUCUCCACUGCAGCCACUCAGCUCAGCUGGUAACAGUGCAAAAGCAGCCACAGACCAUACAGAUGUGAGUGUGGCUAUGUUCCAAUAAAACCACUUACAGAUGCUGAAAUCGCAACUUCAUCUAUUUUCACAUCACUAAUAACUCUCUUUUGGGUUUUUUUUCUAUCACUCAAACCUAAGAAUAAAGACUAUUCUUAGUUCAAGAGCCAUAAAAAACCUGGUGGCAGGCUGGAUUCGGCACAGAGCCAUAAUUUGCUGACCUGACUUAGAAAACUGGGAACAAGACCACAGAGGUCUGAAAACAAGUAAGCUAGUUCAGUCCUACACGUCAUGGCUGACAAUUGGAAACUUCGGGGCAAAUGUAGAUACAUCCUGUAGGAGUCAUUAAAGAGUAAUUCGGUGUAGGUUCUGUAUUAUGCACCGUAGUGGACUCUUCUUUAGCAUCUCUUUUUAUGUAGAGAAUGAUGCUGGGUUGUUGUGUUUUUUUUUUAAGUUUAUUGCUUAUGUAUUCACAGAUUAUUCCACUUUUGGUUUUCACAAAUUGAACUUAGAAUGAUGUAUAAAUUAAUUACUGAGUUGUGACAUCUUAACAAGAAAUUUAACCAUUUCUUAAAGCAAAAGUAGACUGAGCUGGUGUUCAAAUUUAUUUAUUUUACAAGGUUUGUACUGACACUGUACUUAUAUAUUUAUUAUACAUAGCUUUCUUGGUAUCACUUAUCGAUUAAAAGCAUUACUGGUUCUCACUUUUAAGACAAAUCUAACAACAACAAAAAAAAUAUAUGCUCUGAAUACAUGACAUGGGCCAGAAUUUCAUAUUAAAAAAAAAAAAAAGCUUCAUUUUCAUUUCUGAUUAACUGAAGAGCUAUUGCUCCAAGUCAUAACUGCCAUUUAAGAUAAAUUAUCUUUAAAAUCUUGCUGUAUAAAACUAUCAUGUAAGUAUAAAGGAUUCUUGUUAUUCUUGGUAUGAAGCAAAUUAUGACUUUUAAAAUGUAAUGUGUGUUCCUCUAAAGUAAAAUUCAAAUUUUACCUUUCUACCAAUAUUCAAAUUUUUUCUUCAAAUUAUAAAGCACACGAAAAAUCCUAACUUUUUCUUUGAUAAAUCUUUUUACUAAUUAUAAAAAUGAAUAAAACAGUCCCCAGUUCUUUGCACAGUCUAAAAUCAGAAGUGUUAAAAAUAAAUCAGACAGCUUUCAUGUUGUUGUAAGUUCUUACUGACUGAAAGCCUUAAUGCUACAGCCACCAUUUGCUUGUCGACAGAAUUCAAGCUAUUCCAAUUGAAUGUAGUUUGCCCACUACAGGCUUCUUAUCAAAUCAUCAAUCUGUAAGAAAUGCACAAUACUAACCCAUUUAAAAAAAUAUUCCAGAAAUACUUUAUCAUGCUUCUAUAAAAUUGGCAUCUUUUCCUCUGGUUUGGUUUAUCCUAUAUUGAAAACUGAGGUACUGCCCAUACUGGCUAAGAGUCAAAAUGAAAACCGUGCAGAGUAAGGGGUAAGAAGCAAGACUGGUCUCUAGAUUUAGCACUUGGCCUUGACUCUAAGCUCAAGCCCCGCCCCACCCUACCAUCUAUAACAUAGCUGAUUUGCCUGCAGGACAGAAUCUGAAAUUCCUUGAGACUAUAGUGAGACUAGGUUUCACAAGUGAAUGUAUUGCCUAUGUUGAACCCAACUUAGUUGUUCGUUCCAUUUUGCAGUGAAAGCACGUGCUCCGUUGUAUCGGAGUCUUCGGGACUUUCUGAAGGACACGUUGGUCAAAAUGUAAAGCACCUGCUCUAUUACAACUAACUGGCACAACUUGGUGAUUGUCAAAUAUAUGAAAUUUUUACUUGUAUCUUCUCUGAUCUAGCUAUGUUAGUAUACCAAAUGAAAGAAAUUAACCUAUUAUUUAGAAUAAAUCGAAAAUGGCCACCUCGACUCUACCCAUUACCACUUCAUACUUUCCAGACUCCUGAAAAUCUGGGUAGCAAACUUUUAUCAGUAAAGUUGAUAUGGAAAAGAAUCUAAAUAUGCAAACUAGGUUUAUGACAAGAUUUUGAGGAAAAAUAUUUUAACAUGCUUUACCAAAAACAAAGGAGCAUGAGUUCUGUUACUGUUAGGUGAUGCCAACUUUACAGCAUACGUGUAGCUGGUGAAGAAAGAGUAAAUAAGAAUCCAACAUGGUCUGUGAUGCUGAAGAAAGACUAACUUCCUCUGGGUCACCUGUUCAUCUGGAACUGAUUGUUUUACAAAAUAAUGGAAGGUUGCCUGAGGUCGUCAAAGAAUUGAGGGUAAGUUUGAGGGCAAAUCUGUAGGAAGUUAACAAUACUGUUUAGGCAGAAAAUGCCCUUUUAAGGGAAAUGCCUCUUUUCAUGUCAUUCUAUCCUUAGCAAGUAAUAGUUACUUAUAAAUUCUCCAGUUGGGGAUAAAUGGGGGUUGCAACUCAACAAAACUGAGUUACAGGUAAUUUGUUUUUAAAUUAGCUUUCAUACAAAGGUCUCCCAUCUCAAGGGCCUGGGAAACACUGGAGGCUCACUAAUGCAGAGCCUUCCCCUCCACCCCCCCGCCACGCACAUACUCCUUUCUCAAACUGCAUCUUCCCCUUCCUCUCUUCUCUUUCCCUAUCCAGUAGCUUUGUAUACCUGUCAUCCUCUAGGGGCCUGGGGACCCACAGGCCUUGCGUAAUUCUGACAAGUAACAGAGCUUGCAUUCUGCCUGGUAGAACUGAAUUAACUGCCACCACACCAAGAGUAGGAUUCUUCUGGCUGGUGUCUGCUUUCCAACUUGGCAGUGAGGCAGCCUACAACCUACAGCCGACAGCUGUCUAGAUGGCUGCCUCAGACCCCUAACAGUUGCUUCUCUUAUGUGAGCAGCAAAGAGAAAGGAUGUGAACACCUAGACCCUCCAGCAAGUUAUUAGAAAAGGAAGACCGCCUCCUACACAAAGACCAUUCUUCGGUCAGAAUUCCCAGGGUCUGGUGUGCUGUUACCAAUGUGUACGUUCUUAGCCAUUUGAAGUGUCAAAUUCCUAAAGGAAUCUUUGGCUGAUGGCUAAGGAUUCUGACAUGGAACGACCGAAAUGUUCCUGAAUCUCCGUGAACUAUGAAUCUCCAUUCAUAAUCAUGAAUCUCCAUGAUUACCAAGUUAUUCAUAUACAUCUCUUAGAUCCCCAACAGACUAUGCUCAAGCAGGUUUCUGAGACCUUUCCUAGGCCUCUGAACUUCAAACUAAUUCACUCUGGCACCGAAUUGGGUAAAGUUGCAUUUUCUAAAAUGUUGUGUGAAUGAUCUUAGUAUGCAAGACCAUGGAAGACUGUGCUGUGUCUUACACCUGUUAUUACCCCACUUCACUUUUAAGUGCCUAGCACAGUGCUAAGCACACAGUAGGUGCUCGAUAGUUGUCUAGUUAAAAAAUUAUAUAUUAAUGGCUGUAGCUUGUUAUAGCCUCAGGGUGUAUGUGUGUAACUGACUAGGAUAUUUAGUUCUGAAAAUGAAACUCAUCAAUAUAGGCCAUAGAAGUUUAUGCACCAAUAAAUUUCAUUCUCAAAUUCAUAGAGCAUUCAAAUGCUAGACGUGUAUUUUUAUGGUCCCACCGUGAUUCUCUAUGUAUGUAACUAGAAGGGUAAAAGCAUAAUACAAGUGUGAAAUAGUUAAUGAAUUCCUACUUUAAAACUGAUUUUUCACCUACAGUUUCUGCUGCCAAAGUGAAAUAUAAAUUUAUUUGUAUAUGUUUGGAAAAUAAAUCGUUUGUGACAUGUAAUGGUCACCUGUGCUCUGAUGGGGAAAGACCCUGUCGUCACCCAAACACUAUUCAUAACAUUUCUGGACCCUGUUUUGUAUCUAAAAUGUGGAUUAAAAGCAAAUAUUUAUGUUAAAUUGUACAUUCUCCGUAAAUAAGCAUAAAAAAACAUGUUUUAAAAUCACAUAUAAGAAUAUGUUAAAAGAUUAACAAGCACUAUUGAGCCCCAUUAAACAGGAGUAAUAAAGGAACUUUCUAUUUUCAUUUACAUUGUGAGGGGGAAAAAAGAGCUUUAAGCUCCAGACCAAAAGAAUUGGCUUCUAUAGUUUUGAAGACAUAAGAGAUCUAUUUAGUUGGGACUGCUGUGUGUUUUUUUUAAUUCUCAUAUCAUAAGAAUAGGAACAAAAAAAAAAAAAAAAACAAAAAAAAACCAGUUGUUUUAUUCAAUUAAUCACAGAGAAUAUUUAUAACUGGUUGUUACAAAAACAUUUCACAGACCGUUCCUCGAAUAUGGCAGUAGCUUAGGUAAAAUACUGUUUUUUAAUUAUAUUCAUAAGAACAGGACCGUAACUGUACAAAGACAAUGAUGACAAAGGAAAAAGAGGAGGAGAAGGAGGAGCAGGAGAAAGAGAAGUAAAAGAAGAAAAGCCCUUCAACAGGCACCAUUUAUCCUUAAACAGAGUCAAGUCUUCAACUUGGUUUUUCCACCCAGGAGCAGUUCUUCCCCCAUGACCCUCCAGAACACCGCGGAAAAUGA